AUGGGAUCCAACCCAUCAAAACCCGACCGGAUAUGCUCCUCCUGUGGAAAGUUGGCCCCCCUGUUAGAACGGGCCGCAAGGACAAGGUGCUUUGUCACGCCUGACCUAAGAACCGCUGACGUCCACCCCGGGGGCUACGACGACCUCGAUAUCGGCAUCAAGAUUGGUGACUGGCGCCUAGAAGACAAGCAAAGGGAUUGCGCCUUGUGUAAUAUGUUCCAGGCAUCUAUGCUCACCAACGACAGCACCGAAAUACGGGCAUUUUCUCUUUUGCACAGUCUGCUGAGCCCCAGCGAUUACUUCGGCCAUACCGCCCGUGGUCGCGAUUUUCUGGAUUGGGCCCGGAAGGACAUCCCCUAUGACAGUAGCGUUCUUGUCGUUGUUCCGGACGACUUUGCCUUCCGCAAGUAUAGACACGAAAUUGGCGAAAGAGCUAUCUUUGACGGACGUUACCUGAUGUGCCACGACCUUUCCGCGCAGCCUUCUCCUGGUAACCGAGCACUACUGGAGCCCACGCAUGUGCCGCGGUACUUCACACCCGGGACUGCGAAGCCGUGGAUCGAGUACUGCGUCCGUAAACAUGGGCCUUGUUCACGCCUUGAAGACGUGGAUUUUUUGGACUUCGAGCUGAUCGACUGCAUUACUAGACGCAUUGUACCGGCAGAGCGGGCUAUCCGUCGCAAUCAACCUAUUCCCGAGUACGUUGCCUUGAGUUAUGUAUGGGGCAAGACAACGAAGGCUCCCCCAAAGGAGCAGGCCUCGCGAAAAGUGUUGCCCACUUCCUCGCUGCCAAGGGUCGUCAGCGACGCGCUCCUUUUCACCAAGGGCCUCGGCUUCAGAUACCUGUGGGUGGAUCAGUACUGCAUCGACCAGUACGACGAGGACAAGAAACAUGGUCAAAUCCAGCGCAUGAAUGUUAUCUACCGUAACGCUGUUGUCACUCUCAUCGCCGCUGCCGAAGACGGCCAGGAUGAGGGUCCGGCGGGCAUUAAUCAACCGAGGAGGACCGGUCAGCGGGCAGUUGUUGUAAAUAAUGUCUUGCUGAUGUCGCCGCUACGCCCUGUGCAAGACGUCGUCCGCCAGUCUCGCUGGGCCACGAGGGGUUGGACUUACCAAGAAGCCUUCCUUUCCCGGCGCCGCCUCAUUUUCACUCGUCAGGAAGUCUACUUCGAAUGCGAGGUAAUGAACUGCAGGGAGAGCGUAUCGAUGCUAUUACCCCAGGCUCACGUAGCUAACGGACGCGAGAUCCUCCCGUUUCUGACAUCCGGCAUGUUCGGCAUGGCCCAGUUAGCAGCCGAAAUGCGGCGCAAACGAACGUCAUGGAUAUCAGGCGUGAUGCUAGACCGGGAACGCGCCUGGCUCAUGCUCAUAUCCUGCAUCAAGGAGUACACAGCCCGAGAGCUUACCUACGCAAGCGACUCACUCAACGCCUUCGUCGGGGUCCUUCGCCAGUUCGAAACUUCCCUCCGAUUUAGCGAGCGAGAAGGAUCACUGAUCGCCUCCUCCAAUACGCCUAUGCGCCAUGUCUGGGGCGUGCCUUUCGUCACCACCACCGCCGCGUCGGAAAGCAUACCCAUGUCCGUUGACCCCGUGAGCCUGUUUGUCUGUGGCCUCUGUUGGUACCACACUCAUGCCACUACCGUUGCCGUACAGCGAAGACCGGACUUUCCUUCUUGGUCCUGGUGUGGCUGGUCCGGAGCCGUCGACGGCUGCGACGAUCCCAUCGAGUUUCAUAGGCAAGCUGGCGACGUACUCCUGGAGAAUCCGAAUAGCUCCCGCAUAUCUCCGGUCAAGUACGCCCAGCAGCCGUGGCACCGCUUCGCACAACAACCAAGGAUCAUAGUCCUCAAUACCUACGCAGUUCCGAAUGAUGCGUUGACCAUCUCCACACUUUCCACCACACGGCACCGACGGAGUAAGAUACCAAUCGACAUAUUCGGCGCCAAAGGCGAGCUAUUCCUUGACGAUCCCGAUAUAGCGCUUGUUGAUAUCACCGCGAAGAACGUGGAUGUCCCAAUUGAGCUCGUCGUCCUCGGCACUUCAACUAUUUCCCAGUCUUCCUACGCGAGCACGUUUCUACUGGUAAUCCUGUGGGAGGAGGGCGGAUUAGCGUGUAGUAGAAUUGGAGCCAUGCGGCUUCACGCCGAGCAGGAGUCCUUCCGAUCCCAGGGAGUUCCGGGGUUAAUUCACUUUGUUGAUGCUACACCGCUGGGGUAA